AUGCUGAGCCAGACUUUUGUUCUGUGGGAUUUGGGGUAUCCCUUAUAUACCUAUGGCUCCAUCUUCAUUAUUAUUCUAAUCAUCUGGCAAGUGAAAAAGAGUUACCAUGGAUUAACGGAACAUAAAAGGAGCUGCUGCCGGCGUCACCGAAAAGUCAGACAAAGGGCUAGAGAUGCAGCAUCAAGAGCUAGGAGACAUUCCCAGAAAGAAGCUGACAAGCUGUGGGAGCUGCUCUCAGUCAUUCGAAGCCAGGGCUGGCUACCUCAGGAAGGGAGUGUGCGGCAGAUCCUUUGUACAGAUCCCUGCUGCCAAACCUGCAACACCAUGGCUCUGGAGAUUCAGCAGUUGUUGGGUGAGAACACCCUAAUCUCCCCCACUUCAGGGGAUACCUCUCAGGGCUCCUGUUGCCUAGAGGUUUUGCCCAUGUCUAAUGUGUCUUUUGAGCAGAGUCUGGAGCAUCGUUCCCCACACUCCAAAGACCUUCCACUUCCAUCUGCAACCCUCACAGUGUCACAGAAAUCCUUAGCCCAGUCAGCGGCCCAGUCACCUGGUGCAGCCGGCAUCCAUGAUUACUGGGCCGAACAUCUCAAGCUAAGGCAGGGAUUCCAAGUGCUAGAGGUUCCCUCAGGCACUGAGGAGCCUAGAAUCUCAGUGAAUCUGCAGGAGACGGUGCAGAGCAACCUCAGCCUCAUCUGUGGGAACCAAGUCCAGGAGCCCUUAAAUCCUCAGGUCUCUCUGCUGACCCUGAAACAGGAAAUUACUACCCUGAUACAUCCAGUGGCCUUGCCGAUGGUCACUGUCCUCCCUGCCCACCUGCCGUUCCUGAGUCCUCAAGUCCUGAGACUUCUUGAGGUCCAUGUGAAAAAAUGGAUGCAUUUCCAGAGGUGGGGGCUCCCCAGGCGUGUAGAAGAGUCCCUGAGGCAGCUGAUGCCAAACCCGCCACUAUUUUACCAAACUACAUGUAACCAACCAGUUUCUUUCAUCCACAGUAAUACUUCACACUUCUCUGUUGAGAAACUUGGGACCAUUUCAUACCAGAACUGGGGCUCAGGUAUGGCUGGCCAGCCUACUCAGGCCUUCUGGGUUUCUGAAUGGUGCAUUACGGAUCCAGAACAAAGACACCUCUACCAGCAAAUCCCCAACCGUAAGGCUUUAGCCUGGCCCUCUUCAGCCCUUAAAGAAUUAAGUGGCCUCUAUCUAAUGUCUGAGCAACAGGCUAGUGACUCAGUGGGCCCCGUGCAGCCAAAGUACAGCCAGCUAUUCUGUGGCCUGCCUUCUCUGCACAGUGAGUCGCUGGUUGGCACCUUCUUGGCUUCUCAAGGCCUCUGCAAGGAUGAGAGCAUGUCCAAGCCCCACUUGAAGGAUCCCUUUCUCCUCAAGGAACUCUCCUUCCUCCCUUUGUUGCCUAAAACUCCAACCCAGUCAACUCCACUCUCUUCUCUGUCUUCUCAAAAUUGUGUUGCUCCAUCUGAUCACCAACAAGCUCACAUCAAUGUCCCAUUUCUGACUCUGGACGAGUGUGAAGCCCUGGAGUGGCACCUGCUGCAGAGGCAGCUCCAGCUUCAGUGGGACUUGCCAGAUGUUUUCCAGAGAGAUCAGCAUGUCCAGAGCCCCGUGCAGUGUAAGCCCGGUGACAAAGCCCAGUCUUCUGAGGCUCUGAAACCUUCCUGGCCGGGGCAGCCUGCCCCAGUCCCCACAAGGGAGCUACUCUUCCCGCAGCACACCAGGAGGCUGCUGGGAUACCACCUGCAGAGACAGCUGAUUCACCACCGCUGGGGCCUGCCCCAGAAGACCCAGCAGUCCCUCCAGUUGCUCCUGUCCCCCACUAACCAGCAGACUGCGUCCUGGAGCAGCGCGGCCCUGGACGGUGUGAGUGGCCCCCAGCCUGCAUGUCCGGAGGCCACUGGAGCUGACGGCCCAUUCUCACCUCUUGUGGGCCCAUUGUCUGUCUGCAUGCCACACUUGUUUGACCAGGCCAAGGCAAUACUGCGGGGCCAUAUCAACUCCAAAUGUGGGCAAAUUCACCAGGGCAACAUCCCCGCCUGUGUGUAUAGUUCUUGGGAGUGCAUAAUUCCUGGGGUCCUGGAAGUGACUCCCUUCCGCUGCAUCCUGGAAAGCAAGCCCCUGGAACUCCAGGCAGCAGCUGACCAGGAGCCUCAACAGGAAGUGACACCCGGGAUGCCAGUGGCCCUCGAUCAGCAGCAGCAGGUCUCACCAAAAGCUGUCUUUGAACAUCCUAAGCUGCCCGGAGUCCUGUCAGAGGCAGCCAUUGAGAAACUGGAGACAGCUUUGCGGCACAAGUAUCUGGCCUUCUUGUCAGGGCUGCCGGCUCUUUAUUGUGUGGCUCUCUCCAGGGCCAUGGCCCCAGCAACCACGUCAAUCACGUCCCCAGCUGUGAUCACAGAGAUGGUGCCUGAGCCUGCUGAAUUCUCAACAGAACCUCUGACUCAGGUGACCUCACCUGAAGAGCAGGGUCCAAGUCCUGGGCCAGGCCUUCAAGAGGCCAAUGAGACUCUUUCAAACACUGCAGAAGAAUUCCAGGAAGGAGUAAUUGAGAUGCUGCCUAUAGAAAGCCAGACAGAGCCUGAGAGGCCCUCUUUACUCGGGGAACACAUCUUGGCCAAAAUGAAUUUCCAUCUGAGAAAGAAGAUCCUAGAGGCACAAAUUGGAAUUCCCAUAAAGGCGAGAGAGUCUAGGGAACAAAGUAUAGGAACAUCAGAGGAUGUAUGUACACAGGAGUCUCUUGAGAGUUUAAACAACCAAGGACAACCACUGCUCCAGGAACUCCCCACCCCACCAGAUGUGCCGUGUGCCCCAGACCCAGAGUGGCUCCACCUCAAAGAACAGCUGGCCACUGAGUUAAAGGCAGUGCACCAGAAACAGAAGCAGCCCAGUUCCAGCAUAGUACCCCAUAGUUCUGGCCCCUGGGCUUCCAGCGCCUUACUCAGUGGGGACAUGACAGAGGCCCAGGUGCUUUGUGUUCAGCUGGAGGCCAGUGUGAACAACCCCAGUCUGGAGGAGCCUUGGAGCCCUGAGCCCCAUAGCCCUGACAAGAGCAAGGACUCAGCCCAAGUCCCCACAUUGGCAGAAAAGAGAGAGGAGCCAGGCAAACCCAGGUUGGCUGGGGACCAUGGAGAAGGGGAUGCCGGGUUCACACUCUCCUCCACGAGAGAAAAAAGCCACUCUGUUGAAGGCCAGAGGCCAGAAGGGAUACUUCUGAACAGGACACCUCGCAGCCCCUGGCAACAGAGACGUCGCUUUCACCUUGAUGCUUCCUGUCAACACAGUCCUCGGCAUUGCCCUCCGCCUAAACUCCCAGAGCUCCCUCCUGGAGUCCCUGGGGGGAAGGAUUCUGAGAAGAAGGACCUGCAGGACAGUCAAGCAAAGCUCAGUGUCACCCUCAAACCAGCAAGGGUUCCCGAGAAUGCCCAGCCUGUGGUGCCCCAGGUGUCACAGGGCCAGCCUUUCCUGGGCCAGCUCACGGUGGGUAAACCAUUGCAGGGCCGAGCUUUACAAGGUCAGGUCUUCCAGAGGCAGGUGGUGCAAGGUCAUCCUCACAAGAGGCCCAGCCUUCCAGAAUCUGGCCUGAGAAAUAAGAUGAAAUCUCUUCUGCAUUGUAUUACACCCAAGGCAAAAGGCAAAGGGCAUGAGGCAUCCAUGUCCUCUACCUCUGAGAAAGUGGCCUGCCCCAGAAGAGAAAAUGUGGAAAAAAUCUCAGCUCCAGCCAAAAGUCCCAAGGGGCGAACUAAGACAGGGAAUUCAAGAGGGGGCCCCAAGGCCCAGUUUCCACCCCCUGAGAAGCAGAUGGGCCUGGCUUGCAUGGAUGUUGCCCACUCCCCAGACAGUAAGCUCCAGCACCACUCCCACCCCCAUCAGUUGCACUUGGGCUCAGUCCUGGGCGCCCCCCGCCACUGCCCGCGGCACUGUCCACGAGGGGCUUGUGCCACCCCACCAAAGAGCCCGCCCUGA